AUGUCGCCCCCUUCCUGGCUCUUUCCGACCGUAGCCGCGUCCACCUGGCUAGCAAUGCUACUCGCUAUGUUAGGCCAUUGGACUAUGAUCGGUGAACCGAGAUAUGGCCUGAUGAAGCCUGGUCAGAAUAUCCCAUUCAUUUCAGAUAUCGGAGCCCAGGAACUAAAGCCAUUGUUCAUGAUUGGCUGCAUCACCACAGUUCUGCUUUUAAACCUCUCUUUUUAUCAACAUGUCCAAAACAAGGGAUAUAUCAACAAAACGUGCACACACGGUUCAUUCUUUUUCACAGUCGUUGGGAGUAUCGGCUUGAUUAUGCUCUCCGUCCUCGAUAACAUCACCCACCAUUUCAUGCAUGAUGUCUGCGUGACGAUCUUCAUUGUGGGAUUCCUACUUAGCGCGGCCUUGAUGUGUUUGGAUUAUAUAUACCUAGGCAUGGCACAUGCUCUGCGGGAGCCUAUGCUCAUGACAAGCUUUGUGAUCAAAUCUUCGUUCAUUGUUGUUGAGCUUGGGCUCAUCAUUGUCUUCCGUAUCACUGAGCAUACACACUACCAGCAGAACAACAUGGCAGCUACUCUUGAAUGGGUCAUCGCCUUUGUCUUCACUGGGUACAUUCUCUCUUUGAUUGUCGAUCUGAUGCCAUCUGCUCAAAGGAAUCUUCACGAUCCAAAAGGAUAUCAACGGCUCGAGAUGAACAUGAGCUUGCUGGCUUAG